CUCAACAGCCGAUUGGGUGGGCUUAUGUAGGGGGAAGGGGUUACAGGUCAUCUGGAGGUGGGUUAAAGGUCAUCUGGAGGUGUAUCUCCCAGCAGGAUGGCAGGGGUGAAUGGAGACCGUAAAGGGAAGAAAGAUGACAAUGGGAUUGGCACAGCCAUUGACUUCAUGCUUUCCAAUGCCAAGCUUGUGCUGGGGGUGGGGGGAGCAGCCAUGCUUGGGAUUGCAACACUGGCUGUCAAAAGAAUGUACGACCGUGCCAUAAGUGCUCCCACUAGCCCCACCAAGAUGGAGCAGACAGGAAAGAGGAGCUGGGAGGAGCCCACCUGGAUGGGUUCGUCACCUCGGGUACUGAACCAUGACAUGAAGUCCACAGUUAGCAGGUCGCUGCAGUCUCUGCCCACCUCCUCACAUUCUUUUGAACCAGACUGUCUGCGGAGGGCUAUGGGUCGAGCUGCUGUGGGAGGCAGUGGAGCCACUGAGUCAGACCUGCUGCGGGCCCGGAUGCGUCUGUCCCUGCAAGAACAUCUGUGGGACUUCUAUCAGAAUAACGUGAACAUCCCUACUGAAGAGCAGGCUACGGCCAGGAGGGCAGCGCUGGACAUCUGUGCUGAGCUCAGAGUGUUCCUUCAUGCCAAACUGCCUGACAUGCCGCUCAGGGAGAUGUACCUGAGUGGCAGUCUGUAUGAUGACCUGCAGGUGGUGACAGCAGACCACGCCCAGCUGAUGGUGCCUCUAAUCUUGGAGAAGAACCUGUGGUCGUCCAUCCCUGGGGAGGAUACCAUCAUGAAUGUCCCAGGUUUCUGGUUGGUCCGCAGGGAGAAUUUGGAAUAUUUCCCACGGAACAGCAGCUACUGGGACCGUUGCAUGGUUGGAGGUUACCUCUCCCCUAAAUCAGUCCUCGAGGUCUUUGAUAAGCUUGUGGCUGGCUCUAUCAACUGGCCAGCUAUAGGGAGCGUCCUCGACUACGUCAUCCGUCCUGUGGUUCCCUCAGAAACACUGACCCUGGAGGUGCAGUACGAGACGAACCGGAAGCUGUAUGUGGACUUUCUACCAUUACUUGUGAUGGAGGAUGGAACCUCGCUGAUCGCCAAACCGCAUCGGCUUGCUGCAGAGCGCCAUGAAAACCUCUGGCGGCAGAGCUUCCGUGUGGCGGAGACGGCGCGGCUCAGGGCCUUGGAUCAGGAGGACGGAGGCUGUCGAUGCGCUUGCCUGAAGGUGGCGAAGGCCAUGUGCAAGCUCAACCCUGCCCUUAACCGGCUCAACGCCAGUCAGCUCACCAACGCCAUCUUGCUGCUGAGCGAAAAAGAAGGUGACUGGACCCAGGAAGCGCUGGCCGACCGCUUCCUUCAGCUGCUACGAGCGCUAGUGGGGCACCUAGAGGCCGGGAGGCUGCCCUGUGCCCUCAGCCCAAAAGUUAACUUAUUCUGUGAGUUGACUGAACUGGAAGUGGAUGAGCUUGGAUAUACGCUCUACUGUGCACUCUCAGAUCCUGAGGGGCUUCUGAGAACUGCUGUGGCACCUGAUCCCUGACAACUUCCUAUAUGAACUGUCAAAGAAAAGUCAACCACUGCUUUUGUGGUCAAUGAUGACCUCGAGCCAUAACGAUGUUCCUUAAAAAAAACAAAAACAAAACAGCUGCAUGGAAUCAUCCUCUCUCCUAAAACACAUGCUCUCUUCAUUCUUAAAUGCGUCCUCGCAAACAUCUGUGAGAACAUGUGCAGUAGCAGUUGACUCUUGACAUGAAAGCUGUAUGUGAUGUGAGAUGUAAUCAUCCAAAUAUCUAAUUUUAAUCUCAGAUGAAAGUGAAGGCCAAUUUGAGUUCAUGGCUCUCACUAAAGCCAUUGUAUUAAUGAAGUUAAGAGCAGGAAUGCUGUUAGGACCAAAUGAAUCAAGAUGGAGGGAUUCAAUUGGGGAGAUUGAGAUGCAGUAUGUACCUCUGCAUUAUAUCUGACCUCUUUUAAACUGGUUGGGGGACAGAUUAAGGUAACCAUGGUUACAGUGUUUACUCUGUGGUGAGAUGGGUCCGUACCACUGUGUCAAGAGAUAGAAUGUAAUGUUGAUUGUGUGUAUGCCAACCCAAAAGCUAAUAAAUUGUUGACAAAUUGA